AUGAAAUAUGUACAUUCUCGUCCAGAAUUAUUCAAAGAUAAAUUAAUUGAAUCGAGAAAAAAAUACCAUCCACCUCCAAAUCCUGAACGAGAUGAAUUGGUGAAGAAACAACGUCCUGAGAUCGAUCAUGUUAUGGUCAAAGAUAAACCACCAUGUUUUAUUGAUAUAAUUCAACGAUGGGAAGAAAAGAAUUCCUGUCACCUACCAAAUGAUCUCAAGCAGUUUUAUCUUAUGUCCGAUGGUAUGGAAAUAAAGUGGCUAGUAAAAGCAGAAAAUAGUGCGCCUGUUUUCAUAGGAAAAAUGUUUAUAAAUGGUAUAAUUGAUUUAAACCGAAUUGGUUUCUCAAAAAAUGCCAAAGGCAUAACAUUAGAUGAUCUGAAUGAUUUUUCCGUUAACGAUGUUACGCACUAUCCGUUGUUUAAUACUGAAGAAAAUCGUAUUUUUGAACUUGAUCCAUGUGAUGGUAAUGGAAGAGUGAGCCUAGUAAUUAAUGCAGACGUAUGUUGA